CUCCACACCAAAACAAGAUGGCGGCAGUCGUAGAAAGAGUAGAUGGAUGUGUUGGGUCGCUGGAUUCGGACGCGGUAUCGCUCAGACAGUCCACCCCCCCGCCGGACCAGCAGCACCAGAACAACCCGCUGCUGGGUCUGCCCAUCGUUGCCAUAGAGACCAUCCUGAACUUCCUGUCCUACGACGAGAUCAGCCUGCUGCGCGCGGUGUGUAAACGUAUGGAUAUGAUCUGCCAGCGUGUUCUCAACCAAGGCUUCCUGAAGGUGGAGCGCUACCACAGCCUGUGUCAGAGGCAGGUCAAAGCCCAGCUGCCCAGGCGGGAGUCGGAGAGAAGAAAUCAUUCAUUGGCCCGCCAUGCAGACAUCCUGGCAGCGGUGGAGACACGCCUCUCUCUGCUCAAUAUGACCUUCAUGAAAUACGUGGACUCCAACCUCUGCUGCUUCAUCCCUGGAAAGGUGAUCGAUGAGAUUUACCGUGUGCUGCGCUACGUAAACUCCACCCGAGCCCCCCAGCGAGCUCACGAGGUCCUGCAGGAGUUGAGGGACAUCUCUUCCAUGGCCAUGGAGUACUUUGAUGAGAAGAUUGUCCCCAUUCUGAAGAAGAAGCUUCCAGGGACCGAUCUGUCUGGUCGUCUCAUCGGAUCUGCACCAGUUGCAGGUCCAUCUACCUCCUUGACCACCAUGUCCCUGCUGGCCAAGAACACACCUUCCCGCUCUGAGAUGACGAAGGUGCAGCAGCAGGUGAAGGUGAAUGGGGCGUCCAUGACAGUUCUGCGGAGAGAGAUGCAGGAAAUCCGGGUCAAACAGCUGGAGCAACAGAAGCAGCUGCAGGACCAGGAGCAGAAGCUGCUGGAGCAGAGUCAGGUGAUCGGCGAGCAGAACGCCCGUCUGGCCGAGCUCGAGCACAAACUCCGUGAACUAAUGGACAGCAGUGCCGCUGCAAUGGGGGGGUCCAGGCCGGCUGUGGCCGCCCCCUCCACGUCCAGUUCCUCUGCUGUGUCUUCCACCGUUGCCAGCACGUCUGCUCUGGUGUUGGCGAACAACGACAUGGCCACAGCCUCGCCCAGAGAGGCAGGGGAGGAAGGAGGCUCAUUGCUGAAACGCACCAGAAAGAGUUCGGACCUUCCGCGACAGUCCAAGCGGCUGCGCAGCAGAAAAUGAACCACUGCGUUAUUUUAAGGGUCUUGGUUUCCAGGUCUGACUGAUCACACUAUCCAAUGCCGUUCAUCCCCCCCACCCCACGCAUCACGUGCACUGCCUCACAUGCACCUACCAUGGUGUUGGGAGUGACGAGUGUUAACGGACUUCCUGAUGGAGCCAAACUUCCAAACACUGGAGCCAGAACAUCCACCUGGACUUUGCACAAUAUCGACAGGGUCAGAAUUUGAUUUCACCGUUAAACUCUUUCCUUCCUUCCUUUUCCUUCAGUCAGAAAAUUCCAGAAAACAUCCACACGCUGCUCCCACCAUUCAGCAGCCGGCUCAUCAUUCCCACACAGGUCCACAACCAGAGCACAGCUGAUCUGCAUGGAAGGCUGGGAACUGGUGUCCCAUGACGGUGUCCCAUUUCUCAGCACAGGUUUGUUCUGAAGAUGAUGAGCGUCUCCAUAGUGAUGAAGUCUGAGUCAAAGCCACAAUGAUCCUGGAUCAGCUCCAUCAGUAGCUCCAUUCGCUGCUGCUUUGGUCCUGCACACAGGACUCGUCCCUCUGAGGUUUUCCACCCCCCGACUAAAGGACCCCGCACCGAGCAUUUUACAGGUGUUUUAAUGAAGAAGACGGCCGGGCAGCUUUUCUCUGAUGCUCAUGUCCGCAGAGAACAAAAGUUCAGGUGUUUGACUUCUCAGAGGUCACAAUAUUCCAUUACUUCUGUUUCUGAAUUCACAGGAAGGCUGGGGUCAGACGUCAGCUGGUCCUCGCUGCUGGAGCUGUGCUGGAGGUCUGUGGAAGGAAGCUUGUUGCAGAAAAAGCCUUGUGCACAUGCUUCGACCUAAUGAGAUGUUUGUGUUGGUGCUGCAUUGAGACGACAGGGAAACUGUGGAAGGUAGACGGUGUCUGCUGUCUGAAACACAUCUCACAGCUGAGCAAAUUCCUCUAAUCCUGAAGACCUAGAGACCUGGAAAAACAGCUGCUUAAUUUGAUUUUGAUCACAUGGAAUUUAUCUGCAGGCUGGAAAAUGUGGGGGAAGCGUCAGCAGAGGACCUGACUGCCCUCAGUGGGCUCGGUCUGUUCGGCCCAGGCUUCAUCAGUUAACCCUGGACCAGGACUGCCUUUAAUGCUACAGAGAGCAGUCAGAUCACAGCCAGGCUUUCUCCAUGUUGGCUGGUUCAGUCAAACCCAAGCCUCCGUUCAGAGGUAACAUGGUUGGAUCUGAAUGGGGCUCACUGGUUGAUAAGUAAAUUAUGAAUUUUCUAGGACUUAUGUGACAAUCCGACCUUUAUACAAAGCAAAUGAACUGAUUUCAGUUUUAUUAUGUCAGAUACAAACUGAAAAGCUCAGUGUGGUUGCCAUGGUGAUGAGGUCAGCAUCCGUUACCAUGGUGAUGAGGUCAUCAGUCUGACACGAGGAUUUUACAGGCUGAUUAUUAGAAGUAAAUCAGUGGAAACAGGAGCUGAAUGAUCUGUGGAGUAAACAUGACGUGACGAUUAGGGCUUUUGUCUGAUGAAGUACACAUUAUAGUGGUUUUUGUUGUCCUCUCAGAGACUUCUGCUUCCAUCCCAGAACAGGGCAGGGGAUGUGUUACCUUCUUCCACAGGCAGACAGGACCAGAGGGAUGUUGAUCCUGCAGGUGGUGUCAUCGUCAUGACAAUGUCUUUUAAGUGAACAAAACCGGACCUUCCAGUCAGAGCGAUGGAUGGUUUUAGGACUUUCUCCUCCUCUCCUGUACAGACUCAUCUUCUGCCUUGUGUUGCUAGUUUAGCUGUGAAAUUGUCGCGUGGCUGCACUUUGUUUUCUUUGUUUGAAGCAUUUCUGUUCUUUGGAUGGCCUGAACCACUUGUGGCGUGAACUUUUGGAGCUGCACUCGUGUGUAUUAUAGUUACACUGAGCAGUAAAACAUGCAGUGUAAUCCAGCGGCUUCAUUAGAGCGAAACUGUACUGUAUUCUUCAUGUACUUAAAGUUUUAGAUUAACUAUUUCAUGUGUGUGAACGAAGAAAACUGUUUUAAAUUUGGGCCCAACUAUAAGGUUUUGUUGCACACAUCACUGUUACAAAUGUACAAAUCAAACUUAUUAAAAAUCUUAAUCUGA